UUCUAUUUUGAACCCAAAGUGGAUGAUGCUGUCAGGGCUGAGCCACUGACCAAAGUCUGUGAAGAACUCCCAUCUUCUCAUUGGCCACCAGUUGAAAUACGAUGGAAGACUCUUACAAGGAUAGGACUUCACUGGUGAAGGGUGCCAAGGACAUUGCCAAGGAGGUGAAGAAACAAACAGUAAAGAAGGUGAAUCGAGCAGUGGACCGGGCCCAGGAUGAAUAUACCCAGAGGUCCUACAGUCGGUUCCAGGACGAAGAAGAGGACGAUGACUAUUACCCACCUGGAGAAACCUAUGAUGGGCAGGCCAAUGACGAUGAAGGCUCCAGUGAAGCUACUGAGGGUCACGAUGAAGAUGACGAAAUCUAUGAAGGGGAGUAUCAGGGCAUCCCCAGUAUGAACCAAGGGAAAGACAGCAUCGUGUCCAUGGGGCAGCCCAAGGGUGACGAGUACAAGGACCGACAGGAGCUGGAGUCUGAGAGGAAAGCUGAUGAGGAAGAGCUAGCUCAGCAGUACGAGCUGAUAAUCCAAGAGUGUGGUCAUGGCCGUUUUCAGUGGACCCUUUUCUUCGUCCUGGGCAUGGCCCUCAUGGCGGAUGGUGUGGAGGUGUUUGUGGUUGGCUUCGUAUUGCCCAGCGCCGAAACAGACUUGUGCAUACCGAAUUCCGGCUCCGGGUGGCUAGGCAGCAUAGUCUACCUCGGGAUGAUGGUGGGGGCGUUCUUCUGGGGAGGACUGGCAGACAAAGUGGGAAGGAAACAGUCUCUUCUGAUUUGCAUGUCUGUCAACGGAUUCUUUGCCUUCCUUUCUUCAUUUGUCCAAGGUUAUGGCUUCUUUCUCUUCUGUCGCUUGCUUUCCGGAUUCGGGAUUGGAGGAGCCAUUCCCAUCGUGUUCUCCUACUUUGCGGAAGUGCUGGCCCGAGAGAAGCGGGGUGAGCAUCUGAGCUGGCUCUGCAUGUUCUGGAUGAUCGGCGGCAUAUACGCCUCUGCCAUGGCCUGGGCCAUCAUCCCGCACUACGGGUGGAGCUUCAGCAUGGGGUCGGCCUACCAGUUUCACAGCUGGCGUGUGUUUGUGAUCGUCUGCGCCCUCCCCUGCGUCUGCUCGGUGGUGGCCCUCACGUUCAUGCCUGAAAGCCCGCGGUUCUUGUUGGAGGUCGGAAAACAUGAUGAAGCCUGGAUGAUUCUGAAGUUCAUUCAUGACACCAACAUGAGAGCCCGGGGCCAGCCUGAGAAGGUCUUCACGGUAAACAGAAUCAAAACCCCAAAACAAAUAGAUGAGCUGAUUGAAAUUGAGAGUGACACAGGAACAUGGUACAGGAGGUGUUUUGUUCGGAUCCACACAGAGUUGCAUGGAAUUUGGUUGACUUUUAUGAGAUGUUUCAACUACCCAGUCAGGGAAAAUACAAUAAAGCUUACAAUUGUUUGGUUCACCCUAUCCUUUGGGUACUACGGGUUAUCUGUUUGGUUCCCUGACGUCAUUAAACACCUGCAGUCUGAUGAAUAUGCAUUACUAAUUAGAAAUGUGCCAAGAGAGAAAUAUGCAAAUUUCAGUAUUAACUUUACAAUGCAAAAUCAGAUUCAUACCGGAAUGGAAUACUACAAUGGCAGAUUCCUAGGGGUCAAGUUCAAAUCUGUAACCUUCAAGGAUUCGGUUUUUAAGGCCUGCACCUUUGAGGAUGUGACUUCCGUCAAUACCUACUUCAAAAACUGCACAUUUAUUGAUACUGUUUUUGACAACACAGAUUUUGAGCAAUAUAAAUUCAUUGAUAGUGAAUUUCAAAACUGCUCAUUUUUUCACAAUAAAACGGGAUGCCAGAUUACCUUUGAUGAUGACUAUAGUGCCUACUGGAUUUAUUUUGUCAACUUCCUGGGAACAUUAGCAGUGUUACCAGGGAACAUCGUGUCUGCUCUCUUGAUGGACAGAAUCGGGCGCUUAACGAUGCUAGGUGGCUCUAUGGUGCUUUCGGGGAUCAGCUGUUUCUUUCUUUGGUUCGGCACCAGCGAGUCCAUGAUGAUAGGUAUGCUGUGUCUGUACAAUGGAUUGACCAUCUCAGCCUGGAACUCUCUUGAUGUAGUCACUGUGGAACUGUACCCCACAGACCGGAGGGCAACGGGCUUUGGCUUCUUGAACGCGCUCUGCAAAGCUGCCGCCGUCCUUGGGAACUUGAUAUUCGGCUCCCUGGUGAGCAUCACCAAAGCAAUCCCCAUCCUGCUGGCCUCCACCGUGCUCGUGUGUGGAGGACUGGUGGGCUUUCGCCUGCCCGACACACAAACCCAGGUCCUGAUGUAACGGAAACAAGCCAUCCGCCCUGUGUUCCUUUCCCCUGCCCUG